AUGAGGUUUCAAGCUAAGCAACAUUUUAGCCACCACCAUAUUUUGAUUUCCCUCCGACUUGAUCAAGGAGAGGAGAUUCAGUGCUACGCCUGUGAUCAGAUUAUAUUUGAACCUUUUCAUGGCUUCUUGUCCAGUAAACUCUAUCUCCAUGAUCAUUGUAUGAAUGCACCACGCUCUCUUCAACUUCUAUCUCAUCCUUCUCAUCCACUGUCCCUUCUCCCAAUCCCGACAUUUUACCUUCAUGAAUUCUGUUUUGACUUGCCACAAUCUGCUCAAUUCAAAUCCCAACACAAACACAAUCUUGGCCUCCUCUACCCGCCAUAUAUCCAGGGGGGUUGUGAAGCCUGUGGUGAAUCCUGCAAUGGAUUCACCUACAAUUGCUCAAAGUGCAAAUUCAACCUUCAUGCCAAUUGUGCUAGUUUGCUUGAAACUGAGCCCAAAAAUGAUCUUGAGAGAUAUACUGCAUUGUUCUUGAGGCACAAGUUAUUGGAACAGAAAAGGUCGAAAGCUGAACUUGGCUCGAUGAAAGCUAAAAAUCAGCACUAUGAGGCAGAACGAGCCCGCGUAAGACAGAUGGAGAUGGAAUCGGAUUUGCAGCGCAGAAGGCAAAACCUGUAUAAUCAACAGUUGAACAGUAUGUCAGAUUCUAUAAAUUUCAUGGGCCAAAUUGGAACAUCAAAUUAUACCCAUAGAUACUAUUAA